AUGCAAUAAUUAUUACACGAAGGAGGGAACAGAAAUCCGAAAUAAAAUUAAUUUGAAUGGAGAUCUAUCACUCCUGAAAGAGAAUUUGGUUAGAUGUUGUAAGGUAAGCCUCUCAUAACUGAACCAAAUGAAAAUAAAUAAACAGCUAAAUCAAUGAGUUAGGAAAAUAACAUCAAUAAUCAUGAUUUCUAAUCAAAGCAAACCAAUUUAAAUAAGUUGUUAAUACCUGAUAGUUAGUAAUAGAAAUUUUAGAGGCCCUUGAAUUACAUGUAAACCUCACUAAAGAAAAUGUCAGAAAUUGGAUAACAAAUCAAUUCAAUAUUACAAAAGUUCAAAUAAAAUAGGAUCCACAGACCUUAAUCAGAUUUAAAUAUGUUUGAUAAGCAUUCAAUGAUGAAAAAAACAAGUUAGAAUGACAUAAGUCUAUCAACUAAUUUGAAUUUGAAUCAUAGUUAUAUUGAUAAUCGAGGGACUGAGACUGAACGAUCUUAUUUUCAAUACAAAAAUCAUAAGGAGAAUGGGAAGCAGCAAAGCAAGGAUUCAAAGGAUUAUCAAUUCAUAUUCUAAAAUAGUAAUAAUCAGUUUUAAACGAAUUCUUUAAAGAAAAUUAUUGAAAAGAAAAUAGCUUUAGCUAUGCAGACAAAUACCAAUAACAUCUUAUAUAACGAUUACAAGAAGUAAAUUAAUAAAGAAUCCUAAUAAGACAGAUCUUACAAUAUCUAAAAAUACAUAACAAAUAAAUUCUUAAGAAAUUCAUCAUGUUUAUAGCCAAAUGAAAAAAGUGAUAGGAAGAACAAAUAGAUGUCAAGUUAUUUUUCAUAGAAUCAUUACUCUAAAAGCUAAUCAUCCUUCUUAAUUGAGAGAGAAAACAGCAAAUCUGAAAAUACAACUAGUCGAAAUAACAGAAUUCGAGUCUCUAGUUAUAUAAAAACUCCUACUAAAAAUAAUAGUGAUCUAAUUAAACAAUUUAGUCCUCGAUUUAUUUCUUAGCAACUAUCAUCAUAUUAAGUUAGUUCUAGUAAGAUUAAUUCUUUGUUGUCUUCCAUGAACAAAGACAUAGAAAAGAUAAAAACAUAUAAUAAUAUUUAAAAUUUGAAUAUUUAUCAUAUAUAGGCAAUACCACUAUUUUUAAGUAAUGAUCCAAAUCAAACUCAUGUAAUUGUGGGGUGUUCUGACUUAUCAGUUCGUGCAAUCAAUUUAUACUCAGGUAGAAUUCAAGUCUUGGGGAAGCAUCAGAAACCAAUUAGAUCUAUUACUAAAAUUGUAAUUUAACAGAAUUUUAAAACGUUUUACUCCUGUUCUUUAGAUAACCAAGUCAUUCAGUGGGUGAGCGAAUCAAUGCAUGGCACCUAUCGAUUGAAACAUUCUUGGAGAAUGGAUGAAGUCCCUUUACAACUCUAUUAAACUGAAAAAGGAGUUUUAUAUAUUGUAACAGCCAAUUAUAUUUUCUAUUUUUCUUCAGUUACAAAAAAGCAAAUUGCAUAUCAUGGAGUAUUCAAUUGUAUGAUCUAAACAUCGAGUAAUAUUUUGGUUGCUAUUGAUAAUUUCAUAUACAAAUUAUAAGCUGAUUCUUUGUAAUUGGUUUGCACUUCAAAGAAGCCUAUCAAGAAUAUGAUAUACGAAGAAGGCCUACUUUAUGUACUUUAGAGGGAUGGAGCAUUAUUGAUUUAUGAAGAAGCAAAACAUUUAAAGUUUAACUCUGAAAUAGACAUUGGAGCUAUGAAUAUCUUUAGCAUGCAAAAUGGCCAAAUUAUAAUACAAACAAAUGAUAGCGAAUUUAUUGUUUAUUCUUAGCAAAUAAGCAAAUCUUAUCAGAUAGAUGGUAAAAUCAAAUGUCUAUUAGCAUUACAAUAAAUGUUAUUAAUAGGAAGUAAUAAGAAAUUGAUUGAAACGCUAAAAUUUUGA